AUUGUGAUCUGUAUAACUGAGCAUUACCUUUACAUUUCAGGGUACCGCCGAGGCUUGCAGACCUCCUCAGCCUUCCAGAGCCAUGCAGAGGAAGCAGCAGCAGGGGCUGAUGAGCCAGGCCCAAAGAGUGCCGAGGGGGGUGAGCCGGGGCCAGACGGAGAACAGCAGCUCAAGGAAGAGAUACUGGAGGCCUCCCUCCCAUUUGUACAUUCUCUUGGAUGGUCUGAAGAUGCCAUUGCUCAGGGGGCAGAGACGUUAGGUUACUCCAGCAUGGUUCACGGCAUGUUCCCAGGAGGCGGCGUGGAGCUGGUCAACUACUUCUACGGACAGUCCAACAGUAAGCUGGAUGAGGUGCUCAAAGCAGCCGUCGAGGAAGCUCAGAAGAACCCUGAACUCCACAAGAAGACAACUGCUUUCAUUGCUGCUGCAGUGGAAGAGAGACUUAGGAUGAAUGUGGAGUAUCAUGAUUCUUGGCACUGGGCCUUGGCACUCCACUCUUCACCCUCCAACAUUCCCACAGCCCUGCACAACAUUGGCACUCUUGUGGACACCAUUUGGUACCAUGCUGGCGAUAGAUCCCAUGAUUUCAACUGGUACACCAAGAGAGGAAUCCUGGCUGCUGUGUAUAAGAGCACCGAGCUGUGUAUGCUUCAGGACAAGUCUCAAGACUUCCAGAACACCUGGGCAUUCCUGGAGCGGCGGCUGUCAGACGUCCACAGCGUAGGCAAGUGUGUGAGGGAGGGAGCCGGCCUUCUCCAGGGAGCUGGCAGUCUGGCCAAGGCAGGAAUACUGACGGCUCUAAAUGUCGCAGGGAUGAACAAAAAAUCUCGUUUCUAAUAAUAAGUGAAAACUAUGUAAAUAUUCCCAAUAAACCACAUUUCACAAAG